AUGGAGCUCCCUUUCACCAACCUGGAAAUGGCAUUCAUUUUAUUGGCCUUUGUGAUCUUUUCCUUGUUUACUGCGGCUUCCAUCUACACUGACCCGGACGAAAGGAAUGAAGAAGAAAAAGAAAAAGAAAGAAAAAAGAAAGAAGAAAGAAAGAAAGAGAGAAAGAAAAACUAA